GAACAAACUAGGCGGCAACUGAGCGGCGUGCAAAUAUUUGAACAAUUCUGUCCAACUGGGUAAUACAAGAAUUUAUUUAGUGUUCACCAAUUGAAGUAGUCAAGGUUAUUAUCUCUCAGUGGAUAGUGAAACCGUAAAGGAGUCAGCGUUCAUACCUAUCAGUUUGUCUGGUCAUUACUGUGAUUUGACAGGCUGUCGAGGAUAUUGGAGAAAUUGUUACAUUUCACCUAUUGUAGUCGUCAAGAUUUUUAUCUCUCAGUGGAUAGUGAAACCAUAGAGGAGAUCAAUCCUAAUGCACAAACACCAAAAACAACAAGACAUAGUCGUCGGAUGCGACAAGAGCUUCCAACUGAUUCGGAUUCAGAAGAUGAAUAUACUCGGUGGAGGGCUGAAUAUGCGGAAGUCCAAAGAAUUGAAAACAGCGACGGUAUUCUUAACGAGUAUUCAGCGGAAGACUUACCUGAAGUAUUGUCUGAUGCAUCACAUAGAGCCAAUCAUGUACACGAACAUUCAACUAACGGCUCACAUUCGAUGUCUGAAGAUGCCCAAUCAUCGCAUGAUGAAACAGUUGGGAUAGAUGGAUCACCAGAGGGUACAAUAUCUGAAUUCGAGGAGGCAAGAAUAAAUUUGCGAGAUCUAUUACUUAACCACUUAGACGAUAAGUACGCUACUGAGGAAGACCUCUUCGAUUAUCAGGAAAUAAUUGAUGAUCUCUCGUUGCCAAACGACGGUCCUGGGAACAGACUGCGUCAAAUAUUAGUCGAUGAGGACGCGAAUGAUGUUAUGAACGCGCGAGUGAAUGUAUCGAAAGUCGAAAUUUUAUGAUCAGUUUUUAAGUUCUCUACGGUUUACAAUUUACCGCAAUCGGCGAUUGCUCACUUAUUUAAAAUGUUGAACAUAUUUUUCGAUAUAGCUGAGUUUCCUGAAUCUCGAUAUCUAAUCGAUAAAAUUUUCAAUUGUGACACUGAUGUCGAUUAUUAUACAUUAUGUCCUCGUUGUAAAGAUUUCGUGGAAAGAUUCGAUAGCGAACAAGACCGACUUGCUGUUUGUCGUACAUGUGGUUUACAAUUUUCUUUAAAAGAUCCUACAUACACAGACUUUUUUUGUUUUAUUGAUCCAGAAUGGGAGAUAGCUUAAUAUCAUAAAGAUAAUUGGUCUCAUUUCGAGUCUGCUGUUAGAGCCCGAUCACGCGAUAACGACGAUAUCAAUGAAUUUCAUAGCGGACUCGUUUCUAAAAAAUUGCGACAGUGGUUACCAUAUCACAAAAAAGAUCGAUUCGUAACUGUUAUGUUCAAUAGUGAUGCUUCACCGGUAUUUGAAAGUUCUGCUGUUACGCCAAUUCAAAUAGAGAUUAUGGAACUGCCAUAUAAAAUAAGAAAUUUGCACCCCAUUGUUUGUGGUUUAUAUUUUGGAAAGACAAAAAUUGACAUGAACAUAUGUUUUGAGCCAUUCGUAUGUAAAAUGAAUGUA